AUGGGAAACGUGGCGGACCGCUCUUCGCGGGCGACUUACACGCAGAUCGCACCUGCAGUCCCUCCGUCGCACCGCGGCCGGGGCGGUGCGGCGUCUCCUGCCGGCGAGGGCGACAAGGGCGCGCUGGGGCCUCCCUCGCCCUCGCUCUCGCCCUCCUUCAAGGCGACAGGCGCCCGUCUCGGAGACCCUGUGACGCGCGGGAGCUUGACAGGAUCGAGCAAGGCGAAGAAAAAAGGCCGGGGAGGAAACCGGCGGAAGGUCCACACCCUCAUUGAGGUUCCUCGCGGCAUCUUCUCUCUCCUCGUGAACAUCCUCAUGUACACCCUCCAGCAAUUCAUGCUCCUCUACGUCAUCAUCGCGAAAACCCGAUCUUGGCUCGGGCUUCUCUUCCUCAUAUGGGAUGUUCCCCUCCUGCUGUACAUGUGCUACUCGAUUAAAGCCGAUAGCACCGCCGACUCGUGCACGAGUUCGCGACGCUGUGCCGUCCAGUGGAUGACGUACACGAUCACACUGGCCGUCAAGAUGGCGGCGGUCGCCUUCGUUCCGAGCACGACCUCUGAGACCAGUGUCACGUUUCUAAAAUACACGAAAGGCAUGACUGCAGCGUUCGACGCGCUGAAUUUGGAGGGCCUCGCCAGCACAUUUCCCAUCGACUACUACGAUCCUCACAUGAACGUCACCACUGCAGGCCUGGCGAACUUGGCCUUCAGCAACAAUCCCCACUUCACCAGGCAACUCGUCCAAGCCGGAGAAAGCGUCGAUAACUUUCUCGUCUUUGUGGGAAUUUGCCUGCUGCCGAUCGUCUACGUGGUGUUCACCGCUCGGGCAAAAGAAGCCAUGUACCCGACAAUCAACCAGCUGGUCUCGAUCGAAGGGCUGCUGCAUGCAGACCUCGGAGUGGCCCUAACGCUGGAUAUGCUCGACAUCGUCAUAAUGUUCCGGGACGCAUUUAGCCGGUACAGCAAUUCACGCUGGUGGGACAGUGACCCGGUGAUGAAGUGGAUUUGCUUCGCGAUGGUGAUUGUUACAAUUGUCGGUGUCGUUUGUCUCGGAUUCGCGUUUCCGACGCGGUCUAUCGACAGCCCGGCGAGCGCGUCGCUGUCCCAAACGGACAUGUUUAUCUCUGCCAAGUAUGCGUUUCUCGUAGGUCUUUUUAUUGUGGAUAUACCGUUUCUCGCCCUUCGCAUUUACUGGAUCGUCGCGACAGACACGAUCUCUUUCUUUCUGUUCAAAAAUGUGUACUCGCUUCUGACGCGGCCUCUUCGUCUGAACCAGUGUCGCUUGGCGGAAAGGGAGAAGGCCAAGGGGACACAGAAAACCUUCUACGACCAAGAUGUGCUGCCAGAGUACAGGGAAGAAGACGAAAGUGAGGACGCCGAGGAGGAGGAGACCUCCGAUGAGCUGCCGGAGGAAGACAACGAGCCGAUUCCGGCUUCGCGCCUCCCUCCUGGGCUCGCGUCUCUCGCCGGGCCCAUGCCGGCCGGAGGAGGCCCGGCGGGGGUGGGGACCGGGGGCGCAAACGCGCAUGCUCAGGGCCUCUCGCAGCCUCCUUACUACGAGCACCUCUAUGGCCACCUUCCGGGCCAACCGGCAAGUGCCGGACUGCCCUUCGGGCGAAGUGGACGGGCGUCGGCUCCCUCCGGGCCUCAGGGGUUCGCGGGCAUGUCCGGUCCCCAUCCCGCGACUGCGGUCGGAGGCUUCGGUGGCGGAGGGCCCGCAGGCCCAGGCUACCUUGGAAGGUCGUACAGCUACGAAGGCCUGAGCAAGGCGCACGGGCCAGCUUCGCCCGAUCCGCCGACCUGGCCGCCGGCUGUGCCGCCGAGCGGGCCCCCUGGGGCUCCAGGCGACCUCUACGGCGACGCGGGCGGCGCGAGUCCGUACCCUCCGUUCGGGGCGCGAGGCGGGAUUGGCCCAGGCGGAGCCCAGGGCGGGGCCCUGUCGUCGAUGUAUCACCAAGCCAGCAGUGGGUCCCUCAGCCUUGGGGGCCCCGGGGCGGGGCCGGUGAAUGCAACUCCGGCCAAAGGCCCGCUGGGUUUUUGGAGGCGAUUCUCCAACUCGCGCCUCUCGCGCACCAGCACGUUCGACGUUGGAGCCCUCCAAAGCGCGACCCUGGGGUCGCAGUUGGGACAGCGAGCCCCCUCGUGGUACCAGUUGGGCGACGGCGCAGCGUUGGGGGGGCGAGGAGACGGAGACAGGGCGAGCGUACUGGCGCCGACGCCGCACCACGGCGGGCACUACCUUGCCGGCGAGCAAGGGUGGAGCUCGGGUGUCCCCUAUGGGGCACUCGCGCGCGGGGCAGGCUUUCAGGAUGGCCUGGGCUCCCACUUCUACUACGGGGGAGGCCCGGGGACUGGUCCGCCAGCCGCCUUCACGAGCACGGUCGGCUUGCCCGGCCCGAUGUCGCCGGCAAGCGUGGCGGGGGGCUAUGGGCACCCGCAGGGAGGGGGAGGAGGAAUCAAUGCGGGCGGGAUUCGGCGAAGAAUUACGAGCAGUUUGCUGCCCAAACGCCAGAGUGAACUGGUCGGGGAUGGGCCCGCAGCGCAGCAGCCCUCAGAGCCUGCCGCCUACCGUCAAGGCUCCGUUACGGAGCCGCGGUCAGGUGCAAGCCCGCGGCAGGCGAUGGGGCGUCACGCCAGUACGGCUCCAGUAGGGCCUAUCCGUCGACGUCCCAAGGGCCCGACGAGGCGCGAGAGGAGGCUGCUAAGGGAUCUGCAGUACGUGCGAGGCAUACCGGUGCCCAGCAUUGGUUUCUGGGCGUCUCUGUAUCGCUUUUUCCUCAUUCUCUUUGUCGGGGGGCGACAAGGCCUCAAAACGGUGCUCGACGACGUCUUCCAGCUGACUUGGUGUCAGCACCUCCGGAUGCUCAUUGCGCCCGUGGGCUUCCAUGCCAUGCAGGGAUGCCUGCUCGCCAUGAUCGCCCUGUCGGUCCCGGUGUCGUGGAAACAGUUGCCGGGGAUUGCAGCGUGGGCCGAUUUUUUCCCCGUCGUUUCCUGGGAGAAUCUGUCGACUGUUGACCAGACAGCCGUCGUGAUCAUCGUCGUCUCCUUCGCUCUCGAACUCGUUGCCUUCGCCUUCACUGCGCCUUCCCUUGACACCUUAUUCGUUUCCAUCGGCACAGUGUGUAGACUGCUCAGUGAUUACCUCGUCGUCCGCUCGAUUGCCAUCAGUUUCGCGCAGCAACUCCCGGCCACACCAGAAGCGGAGAACGGGAGCCGAUAUGUCGGGCUCGUGGUCUGUUCUCUAUUCAUCAUCUGCCCCGUCUACCACCUUCUCAUGCUUAUCGUCCCUGUCUUCUACGCGUUGUGCGGCAAGAGACUCAUGUCGUGUAGACGCGAAAAGAAGAAGGGUUACGAGCCGGUGGCGAGUGGUGAGGAGUGGAAGACAAGCGUCGGGCGCCGGGAAGUGUACUCCGUCUCCAGUGCGCUGAACUUCAUCGUCUGCCGCCAAUUUCUAGCCCCAAUUUCGUACAAUGCUCUUCUGGUCGGUCCCGAUGUGAUGAAGGGAAUACGUCUCCUAGACAAUAUGGUGCAUGCCCAGUUCUGCGACAUAUUGAUCACAGUCUGUGUUCAGUUCUAUGCGCUGUCAAUGCACAUGAGCUGGUACGACUUGGGGAUCUUUCUCGCGCAUGACGUCUUUCUCGCCAUAUAUGCCCUCGUAGGUCAGACAGUUCGUAUUCUCGCCCAGAGGCGUUUCGAGUUAAAGAUUCUGCUGGAGGAACUCGUCCUUCAGAGAAGUGACGUCUUCCGCCUACCUGGUGACGAAGACGAAGAGACAAGCGACGAGGGCGAUCUCAAUAGUAAAGGCCGCAAAAAAGACAAACGAAAAAUUGGCUUCGUCACCAUUGCCGAUAUCGAUGAGGAAUAUCAAACGGAAGGAUUUUUCUCCUCACCUGGAUGCAUCUUCCCGCAAAUUUUUUAG